AAAUUCCCGACGAGAGUGACUACAGACGUAGACCGGCAGACGACAGUCGGGAAUUACCCAAACAGAGCGUCUCAGUCAGAAGACUGGCAUCAAUCAACUCCAUCUGCAUGGGAGCCAUCAACCAAAUUCCCGACGAGAGUGACAACAGACGUAGACCGGCAGACGACAGUCGGGAAUUACCCAAACACAGCGUCUCAGACAGAAGACUGGCAUCAAUCAACUCCACCUGCAUGGGAGGCAUCAACCAAAUUCCCGACGAAAGUGACAACAGACGUAGACCGACAGACGACAGUCGGGAAUUACCCAAACAGAGCGUCUCAGUCAGAAGACUGGCAUCAAUCAACUCCACCUGCGUGGGAAGCAUCAACCAAAUUCCCGACGAGAGUGACUACAGACGUAGACCGGCAGGCGACAGUCGGGAAUUACCCAAACACAGCGUCUCAGUCAGAAGACUGGCAUUACUCAACUCCACCUGCAUGGGAGCCAUCAACCAAAUUCUCGACGAGAGUGACAGCAGACGUAGACCGGCAGACGACAGUCGGGAAUUACCCAAGCACAACGAGAGUGACUACAGACGUAGACCGGCAGACGGCAGUCGAAAAUUACCCAAGCACAGCGUCUCAGUCGGAAAACUGGCAUUACUCAACUCCUCCUGCUUGGGAAGCAUCAACCAAAUUCCCGACGAGCGUGACUACAGACGUAGACCGGCAGACGACAGUCAGGAAUUACCCAAACACAGCGUCUCAGUCAGAAAACUGGUAUUACUCAACUCCUCUUGCUUGGGAAGCAUCAACCAAAUUCCCGACGGGAGUGACAACAGACGUAGACCGGCAGACGACAGUCGGGAAUUACCCAAACACAGCGUCUCAGUCAGAAAACUGGCAUUACUCAACUCCUCCGGCUUGGGAAGCAUCAACCAAAUUCCAGACGAGAGUGACAACAGACGUAGACCGGCAGACGACAGUCGGGAAUUACCCAAACACAGCGUCUCAGUCAGAAGACUGGCAUCAAUCAACUCCACCUGCAUGGGAGGCAUCAAUCAAAUUCCCGACGAGAGUGACUACAGACGUAGACCGGCAGACGACAGUCGGGAAUUACCCAAACACAGCGUCUCAGUCAGAAGACUGGCAUCAAUCAACUCCACCUGUAUGGGAGGCAUCAACCAAAUUCCCGACGAGAGUGACUGCAGACGUAGACCGGCAGGCGACAGUCGGGAAUUACCCAAGCACAGCGUCUCAGUCAGAAAACUGGCAUUACUCAACUCCUCCUGCUUGGGAAGCAUUAACCAAAUUCCCGACGAGAGUGACAACAGACGUAGACCGGCAGACGACAGUCGGGAAUUACCCAAACACAGCGUCUCAGUCAGAAGACUGGCAUCAAUCAACUCCACCUGCAUGGGAGGCAUCAACCAAAUUCCCGACGAGAGUGACUACAGACGUAGACCGGCAGGCGACAGUCGGGAAUUACCCAAACACAGCGUCUCAGUCAGAAGACUGGCAUCAAUCAACUCCACCUGCGUGGGAAGCAUCAACCAAAUUCCCGACGAGAGUGACUACAGACGUAGACCGGCAGACGACAGUCGGGAAUUACCCAAACACAGCGUCUCAGUCAGAAGACUGGCAUCAAUCAACUCCACCUGCAUGGGAGGCAUCAACCAAAUUCCCGACGAGAGUGACUACAGACGUAGACGUAUCAACCAAAUCCUCGACGAGAGUGACUACAGACGUAGACCGACAGACGACAGUCGGGAAUUACCCAAACACAGCGUCUCAGUCAGAAGACUGGCAUCAAUCAACUCCACCUGCAUGGGAGGCAUCAACCAAUUUCCCGACGAGAGUGACUACAGACGUAGACCGGCAGACGACAGUCGGGAAUUACCCAAACACAGCGUCUCAGUCAGAAGACUGGCAUCAAUCAACUCAACCUGCAUGGGAGGCAUCAACCAAAUUCCCGACGAGAGUGACUACAGACGUAGACCGGCAGACGACAGUCGGCAAUUACGCAACCACAGCGUCUCAGUCAGAAGACUGGCAUGAAUCAACAACUCCACCUGCAUGGGAGUCAUCAAACAAAUUCCUGACGAGAGUGACUACAGACGUAGACCGGCAGACGACAGUCGGGAAUUACCCAAACACAGCGUCUCACUCAGAAGACUGGCAUGAAUCGACAACUCCACCUGCAUGGGAGGCAUCAACCAAUUUCCCGACGAGAGUGACUACAGACGUAGACCGGCAGGCGACAGUCAGGAAUUACCCAAGCACAGCGUCUCAGUCAGAAGACUGGCAUGAAUCAACGACUCCACCUGCAUGGGAGGCAUCAACCAAGUUCCCAAAGAGAGUGACUACAUUCGUAGACCGGCAGACGACAGUCGGGAAUUACCCAAACACAGCGUCUCAGUCAGAAGACUGGCAUCAAUCAACUCCACCUGCAUGGGAGGCAUCAACCAAAUUCCCGACGAGAGUGACUACAGACGUAGACCGGCAGGCGACAGUCGGGAAUUACCCAAACACAGCGUCUCACUCAGAAGACUGGCAUGAAUCAACAACUCCACCUGCAUGGGAGGCAUCAACCAAUUUUUCGACGAGAGUGACUACAGACGCAGACCGGCAGACGACAGUCGGCAAUCACGCAACCACAGCGUCUCAGUCAGAAGACUGCCAUGAAUCAACGACUCCACCUGCAUGGGAGGCAUCAACCAUAUUCCCAAAGAGAGUGACUACAUACGUAAACCGAUGGGAGGCAUCAACCAAAUUCCCGACGAGAGUGACUACAGACGUAGACCGGCAGACGACAGUCGGGAAUUACCCAAGCACAGCGUCUCACUCAGAAGACUGGCAUGAAUCAACAACUCCACCUGCAUGGGAGGCAUCAACCAAUUUCCCGACGAGAGUGACUACAGACGUAGACCCGCAGACGACAGUCGGCAAUUACGCAACCACAGCGUCUCAGUCAGAAGACUGGCAUGAAUCAACAACUCCACCUUCAUGGGAGUCAUCAAACAAAUUCCCGACGAGAGUGACUACAGACGUAGACCGGCAGACGACAGUCGGGAAUUACCCAAACACAGCGUCUCACUCAGAAGACUGGCAUGAAUCAACAACUCCACCUGCAUGGGAGGCAUCAACCAAUUUCCCGACGAGAGUGACUACAGACGUAGACCGGCAGGCGGCAGUCGUGAAUUACCCAAACACAGCGUCUCAGUCAGAAGACUGGCAUCAAUCAACUCCACCUGCAUGGGAGGCAUCAACCAAAUUCCCGACGAGAGUGACUACAGACGUAGACCGGCAGGCGACAGUCCGGAAUUACCCAAGCACAGCGUCUCACUCAGAAGACUGGCAUGAAUCAACAACUCCACCUGCAUGGGAGGCAUCAACCAAUUUUUCGACGAGAGUGACUACAGACGUAGACCGGCAGACGACAGUCGGCAAUCACGCAACCACAGCGUCUCACUCAGAAGACUGCCAUGAAUCAACGACUCCACCUGCAUGGGAGGCAUCAACCAUAUUCCCAAAGAGAGUGACUACAUACGUAAACCGGCAGACGGCAGUCGGGAAUUACCCAAACACAGCGUCUCAGUCAGAAGACUGGCAUCAAUCAACUCCACCUGCAUGGGAGGCAUCAACCAAAUUCCCGACGAGAGUGACUACAGACGUAGACCGGCAGACGACAGUCGGGAAUUACCCAAGCACAGCGUCUCACUCAGAAGACUGGCAUGAAUCAACAACUCCACCUGCAUGGGAGGCAUCAACCAAUUUCUCGACGAGAGUGACUACAGACGUAGACCGGCAGACGACAGUCGGCGAUUACGCAACCACAGCGUCUCAGUCAGAAGUCUGGCAUGAAUCAACAACUCCACCUUCAUGGGAGUCAUCAAACAAAUUCCCGACGAGAGUGACUACAGACGUAGACCGGCAGACGACAGUCGGGAAUUACCCAAACACAGCGUCUCACUCAGAAGACUGGCAUGAAUCAACAACUCCACCUGCAUGGGAGGCAUCAACCAAUUUCCCGACGAGAGUGACUACAGACGUAGACCGGCAGGCGGCAGUCGGGAAUUACCCAAACACAGCGUCUCAGUCAGAAGACUGGCAUCAAUCAACUCCACCUGCAUGGGAGGCAUCAACCAAAUUCCCGACGAGAGUGACUACAGACGUAGACCGGCAGGCGACAGUCGGGAAUUACCCAAACACAGCGUCUCACUCAGAAGACUGGCAUGAAUCAACAACUCGACCUGCAUGGGAGGCAUCAACCAAUUUCCCGACGAGAGUCAGUACAGACGUAGACCGGCAGACGACAGUCGGCAAUUACGCAACCACAGCGUCUCAGUCAGAAGACUGCCAUGAAUCAAGGACUCCACCUGCAUGGGAGGCAUCAACCGAAUUCCCCAAGAGAGUGACUACAUACGUAGACCGGCAGACGACAGUCGGGAAUUACCAAAACACAGCGUCUCAGUCAGAAGACUGGCAUCAAUCAACUCCACCUGCAUGGGAGGCAUCAACCAAAUUCCCGACGAGAGUGACUACAGACGUAGACCGGCAGGCGACAGUCGGGAAUUACCCAAGCACAGCGUCUCAGUCAGAAGACUGGCAUGAAUCAACAACUCCACCUGCAUGGGAGGCAUCAACCAAAUUCCCGACGAGAGUGACAACAAACGAAGACCGACAGACGACAGGCUGGACUGACCAGAACACAGCGCAUCAGUCAGGAGAAGGGGAAGACACAGGAACAGCGUUUGUAUGGAACGAACCAUCCGUAUUUCCAAAGAAAAUUACCACAGACAUCGAAAGGCAAACGACAGAGUGGAGUGAGCCGAUAACAGCUACGGAGAGAGCCGAAUGGGAGAGCACAGUUUUCGAUUACUCAGGCUUUGGGUCUCAGGGAACGGAGCCAACCGGAAAUGUGAGGGAAGUGACCGACGUAUCUUUGCCGAUAACAGGGACCAGGAGUGCUAAAAGGACGUCGUGCAAUCCGGAGAAUGACGAGCGUGUUGUGCACGAGACUGAUUGUUCCAAGUUUUAUCACUGCGUUAGGGGAGCGAGAGUGGUUGGCGUCUGUCCCACGCCCACAGUAUUCGAUCCCAAACGACAGGUCUGUGACUGGCCGGGUAUUGUGAACAGGCCUGAAUGCUUAUCUGUUUCUUGAAUAAACCUCGGUAUUCAUGAAG